UUCUGCACAGCGGAAGUUAUGUCAGACGCCAGUCAGCUGAGCAUGAAAGCUAACAAAAAUAUUGGAAAAUAACCGGAGAUCCAAAAAAAUUGUGCUUAUCAAUUAGAACUGCAGAAUCUACGAGACAGUGUUAAUCGAUCAAGUAAAGAUUAGCGGAGUUUUCCAGCAAAAGCACUGUAGUGCAGUGUUAACGAUUUACAUCACAAUAAAGCAAUAAUUCGGUGCCAUUUCGUUUCGUCACAAAAUGUGAAUCAGUGUGAAGGUCAAACUCGCCGCUCCGUUGCCAAUUACCGAUACGAUAGGGCCGUCAGUAACCAAGAGGUAUUUACUCGCAUCUCUAGGUCCGAAUAUUUACGUAACCCGAAAGCGAAACGCACUUUUGAAAAACUCGAUCGAAUACCAGUGAAAAGUUCCCGAAGAUGUUGUCCGUAUGUACGAAGACCCUCCGCGGGGCGCGCUCGCUGGAACGGGCCGCGUCGAGCAUCGUGGAGCUGCCGAAGUUCCAGGACUUCGGCGUCCAGAACGAGCCCAUCCUCGGCUACCGCGAAGGCAGCCAGGAGCGCCGCGAGCUGGCCGAGGAGCUCAAGCGCACCGCCGCCGUCACCGAGGACGUGCCCAUCGUCAUCGGCGACCAGCUCAUCAAGGAGGGCGACGUGCGCUACCAGGUCAUGCCGCACGACCACUCGCGCAAGCUGGCCAAGUUCUACUACGCCAGCGAGAAGACCAUCCAGAAGGCGAUCGACGUGUCCGUGGAGGCGCAGGCGCGCUGGGACCGCACGUCGCUGGAGGAGCGCGUGCGCGUGUGGCAGCGCGCCGCCGAGCUCAUGGCGGGCGAACACCGCCAGCGCCUCAACGCCGCCACCAUGCUCGGCCAGUCCAAGUCCGUCAUUCAGGCAGAAAUUGACUCCGCCGCCGAACUCAUCGAUUUCUUCAGAUUCAAUGUCUUCUUUUUGAAGGAAAACGCCAAGUACCAACCUAUUUCAGAAGACCCAUCAGUCACGAGAAACUCGCUGAGAUUCCGUGGAAUAGAUGGCUUCAUUGCAGCUAUAAGUCCUUUCAACUUUACGGCCAUAGGAGGCAACUUGGCUUAUACUCCUGCGUUGAUGGGAAAUGGUGUUGUGUGGAAACCAUCUGACACUGCUCUUCUUUCAAACUGGCGCAUUUUCAACAUCAUGCGAGAAGCUGGUCUGCCGGCCGGCGUGGUCAACUUCGUCCCUGCCGAUGGUCCGACGUUCGGCCGCACCAUAACGGCCUCCCCUCACUUGGCAGGUGUUAACUUCACUGGUUCAGUUCCAACUUUCAAUUGGAUUUGGAAUGCUGUGGGUAAAAACCUUGACAAGUACCGCAACUACCCAAGGCUGAUAGGAGAAUGUGGAGGUAAAAAUUACCAUUUCAUUCAUCCUUCUGCUGAUGUACAAUCUGUUGUAACGUCAACAAUUCGCUCAGCCUUUGAAUAUUGUGGUCAAAAAUGCUCAGCCUGCUCAAGAAUGUAUGUUCCUAAAUCACUGUACGAACCAAUCAAACAAGGCUUGCUGGCAGAGAGGGCUAAACUGAAAAUUGGUAAUCCUAUAGAUUUUAGUGUUUUUGCUGGUGCAGUGAUUGACGAUAAAGCUUUUGCAAGAAUCUCUGGUUACAUUAAAAAUGCCAAAAAUAAUCCUAAGAAUAAGAUCUUAGGAGGAGGUGAAUGUGAUGACAGCAAGGGCUACUUUGUACAGCCGACAAUAAUUGAAACAUCAGACCCUCAUGACAAGCUGAUGACAGAGGAGAUUUUCGGACCGGUGCUCACUAUCUAUGUCUAUGAAGACCGAGAUCUCUUAAAGGCACUCUCCCUGGUUGGUUCAUCAACCAAAUUUGCAUUAACUGGUGCAGUUUUCUCUCAGGAUAAGCAGUUCCUUGAGACAGCUUUAGAGGAACUUAAGAUGACAGCGGGUAACUUUUACCUAAAUGAUAAGUCCACUGGGUCAGUGGUGGGGCAGCAGCCCUUCGGCGGAGGCCGCAUGUCGGGCACCAACGACAAGGCUGGCGGCCCCAACUACGUCAUGCGGUGGACCUCGCCCCAGUCCAUCAAAGAAACAUUUGUACCGCUGAGGGACAUUGACUACCCAUACAUGAGAGAUUAAAUUGGUCACUGUUGCUGGGAGUUAGUUCCUUGAAAUAACAUCACACUAACAAUAUAUCAGUACAAUAAUAGAUAAUUCAUAAUGUAUGUCACCAAUAAAGAAUUGAAGUAAUGCUUGUUAAGAUAAUAUCUACUUGUAAGUAGUAUAAUUAGUUAUGAUAGUCACAAUGAUGUAACUUUAUUAUAUUUUUGUGAUUUUAUGUAUAAGUUUGCUUCUUUGUACAGAUAGGAUUUAAAAAAUGUUAGACAUUUUGAGUUCAGUGGAGUUCAGGCUCCACCAUUGGAUUUUGAAGAGAUUUCUACAUUACUAUUAUUAUUAAUGUUAGAAAAUCAUAAAAAAUAUUUAUUGAACUCAAAAACAUAAUAAUUAUUUCUUGUUGUAAACAAUAAGGUAGAUUAAAAAUUCAAUGACAUUAAUGACUUGGUAAAUAGCUAGUUGUUAAAAUUUAAAAUGAUGUGUAAAAUCACUGAAUAAGCAUAAAUUUAAUAAUA